GCGUCGCCUCUAACGGGAGUGGGCAAUGUGGGCAAUGGGAAACCCAUAUCCGAUCUAUGUAUAAAAGCUUCGGGAAGCUCGAAGCUGGCAUCAUUCACUUCCCGGGAACAGCCCGACGCGCACAGGUGUUCCUUCCACACCCCACACACACAAAUAGAGAAUCUCGGACGGAGUCAACGGUUUAGCUAACAUGAAGGUCUUUAUCUGUCUCUUGGCCACGGUCUGUGCCUGCAAUGCCACCUUCCUGUCGUUACUAGGCGGCGGCGGAGGAGGAGUCGGCGGUGGCGGUGGAGGAAGUAAGACCACAUACAAUGUCAUUGCCACGCCCAGCUCAGGAGGAGGUCAUGGCGGCGGAGGUGGUGGCGGCGGCGGUGGUGGUGGUGGCGGACAUGGAUAUGCUCAUAGCCAUGGCUAUUCCCAUGGAGGCGGUGGCGGAGGCGGAGGCUCGGCCCAGAUCAUCAAGGUCAUUCUGCAAGAGGGCCAAGGCUACAGCAAUGCUGGCGGCAUCGCGGCUAGUGGACACAGCUAUGGACAUGGCUAUGCCAGCGGCCAUGGUCACGGCCACAGCCACGGCUCCUAUGGCGGUCAGCAGGAACAGAUCUUUAAAGUUAUCGAGCAAGCCCCGGCUCCGAUCCCAGUCUCAUCUCCAGUUGCCUACCAUGCAGUAAGCGGCGGCGGCGGCAGUGGCUACUCCUAUGGCCAGGGUCACUCGUCCCACUCCUAUGGACAGUCCUACGCUUCUGGCCAUGGCUAUGGCGGCUCCUCCUCCUACGAUGUGCAGCAGUUUAAUGCCAUCCUGCCACAGAUUCUCCAGCUGGUGUUGCAAGAGGACGCCUUCGGUAGUGGCGGCGGCGGCUCAGCCGAUUUGGGUGCCAUUAACGGGCAGCUGAUCAAUGCUUUCGGCAGCAAGGGCAAUGCCAUCAUCAUGAAGGCCGAUCAGGCCCAGGGCGCCUUCUUCAAGAGCGGCCACGUUGUGCAGCGCGGGACUCUGAAGGUGAUGCGUGUCCAGGACAAUCAGCAGCAACAGGUUCAGUCUGGUGCAGCUGCUAGUGGCUGGAGCAAUGGUGGUUCCUCCCAUGGGGGUGGCGGCUGGAGCAGCGGUGGUUCCGCUCCAAGCAGUGGCUGGAACAGUGGUGGCUCCGUUGCCAGCAGCGGCUGGAGCAGCGGUGGCCCCCCUUCUGCCUGGUAGCUGCCUCUCUCU